CCAAAACCCAAAAUACGAGUGAUACACAUAAUUUUGUUGUUUUUUUUUUAAUCUGUAAAUCCUUUAGACUUUAAGUUAAAACUUCACGUCAUAAAGACACAGACGUUAAUUGUGUUAUCGAUCUUCACUUCUUAAUACUUGACAACCAUAAUGUCCCGCCAACCGUGCGUACUUAUUUUAGAAGAUGGUGCGGAAUUUGCUGGUUAUAAUUUUGGCUCUAAGAUAUUACCUGUUGAUGGCGAAGUUGUAUUUCAAACUGGUAUUGUCGGUUAUCCUGAGUCCUUGACCGAUCCUUCGUACUAUAAACAAUUGCUGGUAUUAACAUAUCCGUUGGUGGGCAACUAUGGAGUUCCAGGUGAUGAGACCGAUAUUCAUGGAAUUAAACGAUGGUUUGAGUCACAUCGUAUCUGGGUUUCCGCCCUGAUUAUUGAUGAAUUAUGUGAUCGUCCAAGUCAUUGGCGUAGUGAAAAAUUGUUAGAUGAAUGGUUGGCUGAAAGUGGUAUUCCAGCUAUUUGUGGUGUGGAUACACGUACACUGACUAAACAUAUUAGAGAAAGUGGGACACUUCUUGGAAAAAUUGUUAACCGUACCGAAAAAUUAGAUAAAAGUUUUGAUGAUGUGAUCGAUCCAAACAAAAUCAACCUAAUCAAACAUGUUUCUGUUUCAAUGCCAAAAACAUACAAUGAGCAAGGAUCACCUAGAAUUCGAUUUGUGGACUGUGGUUUAAAAUACAAUCAAAUUAGAUGUUUUAUAAAACGUGGUGCCAGAGUAGAUAUUGUACCAUGGAACCACCCUUUAGAUGAUAUUGAUAACUAUGAUGGUUUGUUUCUUAGUAAUGGGCCUGGAAAUCCUGAAAUGAAUAAAGAAACAAUUCUUAAUAUACAAAAAGUAUUAAAUAAUACAUCAACCAUCAAACCAAUAUUUGGAAUUUGUCUUGGUCAUCAACUGCUUGCUACGGCAGCUGGGUGUAAGACUUAUAAAAUGAAAUUUGGAAAUCGAGGUCAAAAUCAGCCUUGUGUUUUUGGAAAAACAGGAAAAUGUUAUAUGACGUCACAAAAUCAUGGAUUUGCUGUGAAUCCUGAUAUACCUAAUUGGCAACCAUUGUUUACCAAUAUUAAUGAUAAAUCUAAUGAAGGAAUUAUUCAUAAUACAUUACCAUAUUUUAGUGUUCAAUUUCAUCCAGAAGGUUGCCCUGGUCCUGAAGAUUUAGAAUGUUUAUUUGAUGUGUAUUUAGAAGCUGUUGAAAGAAAUAGAAAUAAAAAUGAAUUUAAAUUGAUGGAUUUGCUUCUAAAACGCUUAUAUCCAGAUAUCCCUAAAACACCAAUAGAUGUUCAAAAAGUUUUAAUUCUUGGUUCUGGUGGACUGUCUAUUGGCCAAGCUGGUGAAUUUGAUUAUUCAGGAUCUCAAGCAAUCAAAGCAUUACGUGAAGAAAACAUUGUUACUAUACUAAUCAACCCUAACAUAGCAACAGUACAAACAUCUCUUGGACUAGCUAACAAAGUGUAUUUUUUACCUUUGGAACUUGAUUUUGUUUCACAAGUAAUUCAGUCUGAACGACCAGAUGGUAUUUUACUGACUUUUGGUGGUCAAACUGCUCUAAACUGUGGAAUCGAGUUAAAAAAAUCUGGCAUUUUAGAAAAAUAUAACAUUAAAGUAUUAGGUACACCAAUCCAAACAAUUAUAGCCACAGAGGAUCGCAAAGAAUUUUCUGAUAGAAUCGUAGAAAUUGGUGAACGUGUUGCUCCUAGUGCUGUUGUCACAUCCUAUGAGGAGGCUUUAGAAGCAGUUAAAAUUUUGGGAUAUCCACUUCUUGUAAGAAGUGCUUUCAGCUUAGGAGGUUUAGGGUCUGGUUUUGCAAAUAAUGAGUCCGAAUUAAAUAUGCUGGCGAAGCAAUGUUUUACACAUAGUAAUCAAAUGAUUUUGGACAAAUCGUUAAAAGGAUGGAAAGAAGUAGAGUAUGAAGUAGUACGUGAUGCGUUUGAUAAUUGCAUUACAGUUUGUAACAUGGAAAAUGUAGAUCCAUUGGGGAUCCACACAGGUGAGUCGAUUGUUGUAGCUCCUAGUCAAACCCUAUCAAAUAGUGAGUAUAACAAGUUAAGAACAACAGCAAUUAAGGUUGUUCGUCAUCUUGGAGUUGUGGGUGAAUGUAAUAUACAAUAUGCACUAAGUACAACAUCUGAUGAAUUUUUCAUUAUUGAAGUAAAUGCUCGACUUUCAAGAAGUUCAGCUUUAGCCAGCAAAGCAACUGGAUAUCCAUUGGCAUAUGUAGCAGCUAAACUUUCACUUGGAAUUGCUUUACCUCAAAUAAUUAAUUCUGUAACAUCUAGUACUACGGCAUGUUUUGAACCUAGUUUAGAUUAUUGUGUUGUAAAGAUGCCUCGUUGGGAUCUCAGUAAAUUUUUCCGGGCUAGUACCAAGAUUGGUAGUUCUAUGAAAAGUGUUGGUGAAGUUAUGUCAGUUGGAAGAAAUUUUGAAGAAGCUUUUCAAAAAGCAUUUAGGAUGGUGGAUGAAAACUUUAAUGGUUUUGAUCCAUCAUUGAAAGCUGUGAAUGAUGAUGAGUUAGAACAACCAACUGAUAAACGAAUAUUUGUAUUAGCAGCUGCCUUAAAAAAUGGUUAUACAGUGGAUAGACUCUAUGAAUUAACAAAAAUUGACCGUUGGUUCUUAUACAAAAUGAAAAAUAUCAUAGAACACCAAAUUGUAUUAGAGUCACACAAUUACCCAUCUGUUCCUUAUGAACAUCUAUUAAAGGCUAAGCAACUUGGUUUUUCUGAUAAACAAAUCGCGUCAUUUGUACAAAGUACUGAAUUGGUAAUACGCAAACGACGUGAAGAACAAGGAAUUACACCUUUUGUAAAACAAAUAGAUACAGUUUCAGCUGAAUAUCCAGCAGAAACAAACUAUUUAUACUUAACUUACAAUGCUGUUAGCAAUGACUUAUACUUCCCAUCAAAUUACAUCAUGGUUAUUGGGUCUGGUGUCUAUCGAAUUGGUAGUUCUGUUGAAUUUGAUUGGUGUGCUGUUGGAUGUCUUAGAGAACUUAGAAGACUUGGUAAAAAUACAAUUAUGGUCAACUGUAAUCCUGAAACAGUUAGCACUGACUAUGAUAUGUGUGAUCGUUUAUACUUUGAAGAAAUUUCUUUUGAGGUUGUAAUGGAUAUUUAUAAUUUGGAAAACCCUGAUGGAGUAGUUUUAUGUAUGGGAGGACAAUUGCCUAACAAUAUUGCUAUGGAUUUGCAUAGACAGAAUGCUCGUAUCUUAGGAACUUCUCCAGAAAAUGUUGAUGGAGCAGAGAACCGAUUUAAGUUUUCAAGAAUGUUGGAUAGGAUUAAGAUAUCUCAACCUAGGUGGAAAGAACUUACUGAUCUUAAAUCUGCUAUUGAAUUUUGUCAUGAAGUAGGAUAUCCAUGUUUAGUUCGACCGUCAUAUGUUUUAAGUGGUGCCGCUAUGAACGUAGCUCAUAAUGAUGGUGAUUUAGAAGCAUAUUUAAAAUCAGCUAGUGAUGUGUCUAGAGAACACCCUGUUGUCAUAUCUAAAUUUCUGGAAGAUGCCAAAGAAAUAGAUGUAGACGCUGUAGCUAAAGAUGGUGAAAUACUUUGCAUGGCUGUUAGUGAACAUGUUGAAAAUGCAGGUGUACAUUCAGGAGAUGCAACAUUAGUAACACCACCGCAAGACAUAAAUGAAGAAACAUUGGAAAAAAUUAAAUUUAUAUGUCGUGCUAUAGCUUCAUCAUUAAAUGUUAAUGGACCUCUAAAUAUGCAACUUAUUGCAAAGAACAAUGAACUAAAAGUUAUUGAAUGUAAUGUACGAGUGUCCCGAUCAUUUCCAUUUGUUUCUAAAACAUUAGGACAUGAUUUUGUUGCAAUGGCUACAAAAGUAAUUAUUGGAGAAGAAGUAGAACCAAUAGAUGUAUUGGGGGGAGUAGAAGGAAGAGUUGGUGUAAAAGUAGCUGUAUUUUCAUUUUCUCGGAUAGCAGGAGCUGAUGUCAUGUUGGGAGUGGAAAUGGCAUCCACUGGGGAAGUAGCAUGUUUUGGAGAGAAUCGUUAUGAAGCAUAUUUAAAAGCAAUGAUAAGCUCUGGAAUGCAUCUACCUCAACCUGGAACUAAGAUAUUCCUAUCAAUUGGAAAAAUUAAACACAAAGAAGAACUACUAGACAGUGUAAAAGCAUUGCAAGCAAUGGGUUAUAAACUUUAUGGAAGCAGCGGAACAGCUGAUUACUAUAACUAUAAUACUAAAGGAAUUACUGUGAUUCCUUGUGAUUGGAGAUUUGAUAACAUUGGUAUAAAUACAACCAGAGGUGAUUUAAUUAGUAUGGCUGAAUAUUUGAGUAACAAAAAUUUUGAUUUUGUCAUAAAUGCACCUAUGAUGGUCAGUGGAGGAAGCAGAGUUGCUUCAUUUCUUACUCCAGGUUAUCGAAUGCGUAGAUUAGCAGUUGAGCAUUCUGUUCCAUUAGUGACUGAUGUUAAAUGUGCCAAACUGCUUAUUGAGGCAAUGGUUCGAAAAGGAUGUAAUCCACAAAUGAAGACUCAUAUAGAUUGUAUUUCAUCCCAAAGAUUAUUAAAAUUACCCGGUUUAAUUGAUAUUCAUGUCCAUGCACGUGAACCAGGCGCUACACAAAAAGAAGACUUUGCGUCAUGUACAGCUGCAGCAUUAGCCGGUGGUAUCACAUUAAUAGGAGCUAUGCCUAAUACCAAUCCUUCAUUAAUAGAUCAAGAAUCCUAUGAAAUAGUUAAAAAAUGUGCCAAAAAUGGAGCCAGGUGCGAUUACGUUUUAUUUGCUGGUGCAUCUUCAACCAAUAGUAUUGAUAUUGCACAAAAUGCUGGUCAAUAUGCUGGUUUAAAAAUGUAUCUUAACCAAACAUUCAGUACAUUGCGUUUAAUGAAUCUUUCGUCAUGGAUAUCACAUUUUGAAAAUUGGCCAAAACAUGCUCCUCUGUGUAUUCAUGCUGAAGAUCAAACUUGCGCAGCUGUACUUAUGUUGGCUUCCCUAUACAACCGUUCCAUACAUAUUUGCCAUGUUGCUCGUAAAUCAGAGAUAACCAUUAUAAAGGCUGCUAAAGAGAAGGGUGUAAUGGUUACAUGUGAAGUAGCUCCACAUCAUUUAUUUAUGUGCGACGAAGACUUUGUACAUCUUGGUCCCAACAAAUCUCAAGUUCGGCCUGUACUUUGUACCAAAGAAGAUCAGCAAGCACUUUGGGAUAAUAUGGCUUACAUAGAUUGUAUUGCCACUGAUCAUGCACCUCAUACUUUGGAUGAAAAACUCAGUGAUGCUGCUCCACCUGGUUUUCCCGGUCUUGAAACAGUUCUACCAUUAAUGUUAAAUGCUGUAAAUGAAGGUCGAUUGACUAUUGAGGAUAUUAUUGAAAAAAUGUACACAAAUCCCAUGCGAAUCCUUGGAUUACCAGUUCAACCAGAUACAUAUAUUGAAGUAGACAUGGAUGCAGAAUGGACAAUACCAUCAUCAACAACUUAUUCUAAAGCUAAAUGGACUCCGUUUGCUGGAAAACAAGUGAAAGGCGCUAUACACAGAGUAGUAUUACGUGGUCAAGUAGUUUGUAUUGAAGGCAAAGUAUUAGCUGAACCAGGAUUUGGACACAAUUUGCGCGAUCCAUUGUUGGCUGGUAAAACACUUAGUACUGUUCACACUGGAUCACAGGCUUCUUUAAAUCUUAUAGCUCCUCUUUCCAUACAAACUGAUGUUCAUGAAAUGUUCAACAAUGUAUUGUCGGAAAUCAAAGAGAAAGUAGUACAAGAAAUUGAAAAUGUUACUGGUGUAAAAGCUGAGUUCAGGAAACCUCGUUUGCCUUCUGGUGGUGACUCCAGAGAUGUUACUAAUAUAUUAACCAUAAAUAAAGAAAUGGUUAACUUGGCAAACAAACGUCAACAUUUUGUGUCAGACGAUGUUAUGAACUUAAUGACACCCAUUCAUACACAUGGGUUGGCACAUAGUCACAUUUUAUCUGUUGAUAUGUUCUCCAAAGAACAAUUAAAUGAAAUAUUUAACUUAGCUCAAACACUUAGAGUUUAUGUCCUGAAAGGACGACCUCUGGACAACAUACUGAAAGGAAUGGUAAUGGCUUUGAUAUUUUAUGAGGUCAGUACUAGAACGAGUUGCAGUUUUUCAGUGGCUAUGCAAAGAUUAGGUGGAAGAGUUGUUCAUGUUGAUGAAACUAGCAGCUCAGUCAAAAAAGGAGAAACACUGCAAGAUACUGUGGAAGUAAUGAGCGGUUAUGUGGAUGUAGUUGUUAUGAGACACCCAGAGCCAGGUGCGGUCAGAGAUGCUGCAAGGCACUGUCGUAAACCUAUUCUGAAUGCUGGAGAUGGAACAGGUGAACAUCCUACACAAGCAUUACUAGAUAUAUUUACAAUAAGAGAGGAAAUCGGUACUGUCAAUGGCCUUACUAUUACAUUAGUUGGUGAUUUGAAGAAUGGCCGUACUGUUCAUUCACUCGCCAGGUUAUUGACACUGUACAAAGUCAAUCUACAAUAUGUGAGUCCACCAAAUCUAGGUAUGCCUGCAUCUGUAUGUCAAUUUGUCACUUCCAGAGGUGUUCCACAAGAAAAAUUUUUGUCCCUUGAAGCAGCACUACCCAAAACUGAUGUUUUAUAUAUGACACGCAUACAACGUGAACGAUUCCCUGAUGAGAACAGCUACAAACAAGCAUGUGGUCUUUUUGUGGUUACACCUGAAGUGAUGAAUAAAGCCAAACGUAAGAUGAUAGUCAUGCAUCCAUUACCCAGAGUAUUUGAAAUCAGUCCAGAGUUUGAUUCAGAUCCAAGAGCUGCAUACUUUAGGCAAGCAGAGUAUGGUAUGUACGUGCGAAUGGCUUUGUUGGCUAUGGUACUUGGAAAAUGUUAAGUUUAUUAUACAUAUGUAUGGUAUAAAAUAAAGUUUUUUACAUCAAAUUUUA